AUGCAGUAUCAGUACAACUCAGGAAUAGACUACCGUCGUCGUCCAAGCCAUUUAAUCAUUAACAGUAUCAAGAGGUUACGGCCACUAAAAGCUAAUGGAAUCAUUACAGAAACGUUUGAACGUCAUAUGCAAGAAAAACAGCAUCAGCGAGAGCCAUUAGUUAUGAAUGCCUAUGAAUCAAAAACUUUUCGACAUCGGCUACAAAAUGCUUUAGAAAAGGCGUAUGCUCAGUCCACGUCAAGCAAAUCUUUCAAUAAAAUUUAUAAAAAGAGUAAUGUUCUGCCACGAGCAGUAUCGCCAUUUUUGCAAUUAUCGAAUACAGAAUACGAUGAUGACAAGCCUGUCAAUGUGCAACCAACGCUGAAACCAACAAUAGCAACAACAGUCUCGGUCCAAAGCGAAACACUGAAAUCCUGGAGACCAGUGUCUGAGACUGAAUCAUCCUCAGAAACUGAAGGCGGAAAAGCAAGACAAAAUAGAAUUCAGGCAAGACGGCGUAAAUUGGGUCCAUUAGUGAAAUCACUGAGAAAUCCAUAUCCUCGGCGCAAUUGGCAUCGGAUUAUUAUUGCGGAUAACGAUUCCCUUCGAUUUUCUGAUACAGUACGUAAUAUUGUAGAACAGCGGUUACGACAACUUGCAGCGCAACGAUUAGCAAAGAAUCAUCACACUGCUAAUGCAAUGAAGGGAAAACGACCACACACAAGUGAAAUAACUCUUUCAAAUGCAAGAAAAUCUGAUGACGAAGCAAAUGAAUUGUCAACGAUAGAAAGAGUACAACCGACUACAGCAAUUACAGUAACUUCUAGUAAUACAAUAUCUGAUAUUGAUUUCGAUACUGAAACUACUUCAAGUAAUACUAACGAUAAUAUUUCUACUAUGAUUCCAAGAACGAUACAUACUACUACUACCAAAUCAGUUAGCACUACUGAUGCUAAUAAUGCUACCAGCACCACUGCAACUACCUUGAGUGAAAGUUCGUCAAGUAGAGCUCUUGGCUUGAAGAAUGCAGCAGUUAUCAAUUCAAAAGCACUUUCUUUGAGUACCUCGCAAAAUGAUUACCACUUUCGAAGGAUUCCACCACCGAAAAAGUUCAAAUUCACUCAAAAAUUUAGAAGGCAACCACGACUGAGAAUAAGAAAACCAGAUGAAAGUGGACCUCUGCGAGGAAACCAGACGUCUUUAGGACGAAAUCCAAUUAUUUUGCCUCACCUUGCACCAUUACGUCAUGAAAAUAAAGAUCAGCAAGCAAUAUCUACUAAUAACGCAAACGGUUUCUCGAGAGAAUCUGGUCAUAAUUUCGAAAUUCUGAAACAUUCUGAUGAAUCCACUACAACUACUACUGCUACUGCUAGAUUUGAUAGUUCAAAUAUGCCUAUAGAAGAUUUGUCAUUAACAUCGCAUACAACCGGAUCGACAGACAAUAGUGAAUCCAAUUCUAGUAAAUUCACAUUUAAUAAAAGUGAUUUGAUACAAUUUGGCGGAGGUAAGCCACCACCCGUUGAUUUCAAUCAAGCAAACAUUGGUAUAUUCAGUAGCAGCGACGACAACAAAUCAGAAGAACAAGCUUUACCUGCCAAAUCAGCGGAUGAUAAAGAAAUGAAAAGUACAACUGCAUCUGAAGCAUUUACUGACGACCCAGCCUAUAUAAGAUCACGAGCUUCUCCUUCCCCUUCAUCAUUCGAAGACGGACAGGAAACUUUGGAAACCAAAAAUUCAGGACUACUUGCUGCAUCCCCACCACCUGACUUUGCCGGUGAAUUUGGAACUGGAAUUGGCAAACCAUCUCACGCAGUUUCAUUUGGUAGUGGACCACCACCAGAAGCACCAGGUGAGUAUUACAAUGAAAUUGAAGACUCAAUAUUCACAGGGGAUUCAGCCCUAACACCUAAUCGAGCUGGGCCAACAGGUGACGGUCUAGGUCCACCGAUUCUUUCUGGUGCAGCCAUACCACCUCCAGUACCAGCAGUAGGCAUUGGCGGUGCAGCAGCUGGCAUUCCACCUUCAGCCGCAAAUGACUUUUUCAGAUCUACAGAAAAUCCACCAAGCACUAUAAAACCAUCGGCACUACUGAGUGUUCUCAACAAGGCAGAUAUUGGUUUUAAUCAGGCAAUUAAUCAUUUCGAACAAGGCACACCAAUUGAAUCAGCUGCAAUUGAUAUUCUAGAAGUAGCAUUGGGUAGUGAGAAAUUGGAUAGUCAAGCAAAAUUACUCGGUCAUAUCGACCGCACGAUUGGUAUUGAUAAUCUACAAAGGUUACAAAGAUGGGCAAAUACAGGUGGUGCGCUGGAUGCUCUUAAAGAUCAGCUAAUGAAAAUCGCCAAAAACUACAGCCCACCAGAAAACCUCAUCCCAACUGUACCACCACAGUUCCAAUAUCUCUUUAACCCAUGA